GGAUCUGCAAGGGUUAAUGUGAAAGUGGUUUCCUGGUUGGAGGCAAAGGGCGUGUUACAGUCGAGAGGAAGCUGUCAAGCUUGUGUUUGAAAGCAGAAUCGGCUCUGUCACCUGUAACACCUCAGCGGAGUGAAUGAGAAGCGGACACUGCUCUGUUUCUCCUUUAACAGUGCGUCACGCGCGAUGCUGAUAUGCUCGCGGCCAGCUGAUGUUUCACAGCUCGCGGCGGCCUGAUGGAGGGAACCAUUGCGGGUCUGAAAACAUCUUAGCACCGCGGAUCAGACACGGAAGGGAAAGAAACUCUUUCCAGACAGUUUUCACCAGUGGUUUGCUGCUGGCCAUCGAAGAACGAGUUUUUUUGGCCUAUAAAGGAGUAAACCGAGAGGAUGGCAGGCCCAGACUCCCCGCAGCAGCAGGUUGAAGAGAAAGCCGAGCAGAUAGAUGACGCCGAGCUGGCGUUUCAGGGCAUCAAUAUGCUGCUCAAUAAUGGCUUCAGAGAGAGCGACGAGCUCUUCAGGAGAUACCGGACCCACAGUCCGCUGAUGAGCUUCGGCGCCAGUUUUGUCAGCUUCUUGAACGCCAUGAUGACAUUUGAGGAGGAAAAAAUGCAGAUGGCCAGUGAUGAUCUGAGAACUACUGAGAAGCUUUGCGAGAGCGACAACGCCGGCGUCAUCGAGACCAUCCGCAACAAAAUCAAGAAGAGUAUGGACUCGCAGAGAUCAGGAGUGGAGAUUGUGGAUCGUCUUCAGAGACAGAUCAUCGUGGCUGACUGUCAGGUUUAUCUCGCCGUGCUGUCUUUCGUCAAACAGGAACUCUCAGCAUACAUCAAAGGAGGCUGGAUCCUCCGCAAGGCCUGGAAAAUGUACAACAAAUGCUACAGCGACAUCAGCCAACUGCAGGAAGCCUGCUGCCGGCGCUCCUCCGACCAGCAGGGGGCGCUGGCCUCUGAUCAGGCCAAUCACAACACCUCAGCCGAGAGCGGCGGCCGGGUAACAGAAGAGGUUCUGGACCGUCUGAAGGGUUCAGUCAGCUUCGGCUAUGGGCUCUUUCACUUGUGUAUUUCAAUGGUGCCUCCACACCUGCUCAAGAUCGUCAACCUGCUGGGCUUCCCGGGAGACCGUCACCAAGGUCUCGAGUCCUUAGCAUAUGCCAGCGAGAGCAAAGAUAUGAAGGCGCCACUCGCCACUUUGGCUCUUUUGUGGUACCACACCGUGGUGCAGCCCUUCUUUGCUCUGGAUGGCUCUGACUCGCAAGCCGGGCUCCUGGAAGCCAAAGCCAUUCUGCAGAAGAAGGCGAUGGUUUUCCCAAACUCCUCUCUCUUCAUCUUCUUUAAGGGACGUGUGCAGAGAUUAGAGUGUCAAAUCAACAGUGCGCUGGCGUCAUUUCAGGAUGCUCUGGAAUUUGCCUCAGACCAAAGAGAAAUCCAACACGUGUGCCUCUAUGAAAUUGGCUGGUGCAGCAUGAUAGAGAUGAACUUUGAAGACGCCUUCAGGUCGUUUGAGCGGCUGAAGAAUGAAUCCCGGUGGUCACAGUGUUACUAUGCUUACCUCACUGGAGUAUGUCAGGGGGCUUCUGGUGAUCUAGAGGGAGCCAAAACUGUUUUCCAAGAUGUCCAGAAGCUUUUUAAACGCAAGAACAAUCAGAUUGAGCAGUUUGCACUGAAAAGAGCAGAUAGGCUGAGGAAAGUCUCCCUUACGCGAGAGCUGUGCGUUCUGGGUGUUGUGGAGGUGCUAUACUUAUGGAAAGCUCUUCUAAACUGCUCUUCCUCCAAACUCCAGCUUAUGAAUCAAGUGCUACAGGGGCUGGACGAGCAGUCGAGCCUGGGCCUAAAACACCUGCUGCUUGGUGCUAUUCAGAAAUGUCUUGGGAAUAUUAAAGACGCUGUUCAGUCGUUCCAGCUGGCAGCGCAGGAUGAAUACGGCCGUAUGAAUAACAGCUAUGUGCAGCCCUAUUCCUGCUAUGAGCUGGGCUGUGUGUUACUGGCUAAACCAGAGACCCUGAGUAAAGGAAGAUCAUUGCUGCUUCAGGCCAAGGAGAACUACGCCGGGUACGACUUCGAGAACAGGCUGCACGUCCGCAUCCAUUCUGCCCUCGCCUCCAUAAAGGAAGUGGUCCCUCACUGACCCGUCCGAACGCAGAAGAGCACUGUACUUUGACCGCUCCUGUCCAGCACUUUUUUGAAACGAAAGCCAUUUGAAGUAAUCCAGCUUUUCUGGAGGGAGAGACUGGAAGUCAGCGGAUUUCAGGUGGACGGAGGACGAGUUUGCCAAUAUUUUUCAGCCUAGUAUUGAAAAGGUUCACUCUUCAUGUAGCUGUUGGUCUAAUCUAAUUUUCACAUUCACAUUUCCACCCACGACAAGUGCAGAUCCACAGAUUAUGUGUGUUAGGAUUGAUCUGCAGAAGUGCAGGAAAACGUAACUCUCACAAAGAAACACAAGAGUAGACCGACUGGUUAGAUCCUUUCCCAGGGUUUGCACUAUCAUACAAAAUACAUUAGCAUGGGAUAGAACUCUACAUUAGAUAACAUUAAUACAUAAAAAAUUAGAAAAUAUAUUAUGUAACCCUUUAUCUCAAAGAAUAAUAGUAUCUAAACGUACCAAUAAUUACUGUGUAUGUCAAAUCAAGUUUGUAUGCG